AUGAAACGCAUUGAUCGCCGUCUCGUCGGCGUGCUCGCCGUCGGCGUAUGUCUACCUGCGACGGCCGACCUGCUGAGCGACAGCUCAGCCACCUUGCUUUCGCGCAACUAUUAUUUCGACCGGGACUAUGCCAAUGGGACGGGCCCGUCUGAGGCCAGGGAGUGGGCGCAAGGUUUUAUCCUGCGCAUGAACUCGGGUUACACCCAAGGCCCCUUCGGCUUUGGCCUUGAUGUAUUGGCAAUGGGCGGUAUCAAACUGGACUCCAGCGCAGGCCGAAGCGGAACAGGUCUAUUGCCUUUUGAUGCGGUGACCCGGGAGCCGGCCGACGAAUACAGCAAAUUGGGAGUAGCCGCCAAAGUCCGAUAUUCCUCAACCGACCUACAAGUGGGGACGUUCCAACCGUUACUCCCAGUGAUUUUGGCCAUUACUACCACACGGCUCUUUCCUCCAACCUUCCGAGGCGGCUACCUGCGCUCACAGGAAAUACCCGGCCUGACCCUGCACGCGGGCAACGUCGACCGUAUUAUUUUGCGCAACUCAACCGACGAAGAACGCAUGGGCGUCAGCAGCCUCAACGGGCGAUUCAACCCCAGCGGACUAUCCGAUUCGUUCAGCUUCGCGGGCGCCGACUACGCCUUUAAUGACCAUCUCACCGGCACCUACUACUACGCCGAGCUCGAUGACCUGUAUCCACGGGGGGAUGGCGCCUCCAAAGCAGGCACCGUAGACAACCGCACGCUGAGCACCAUGUUCACCUACAAAUGGCGCGCGCACUCGUUUGGCCUGGGCUAUAUGCAGCUAAAUGGAUCCUCGGCAAUGCCCUACAUCGCGGGGACAGACGUCAACGUCAACUCAGAAGGCGCACAGGCAGCGGACUUCGUCAAUCCAAAAGAACGCAGCACCCAACUUCGAUACGACGUCGACUUUACCAGCUAUGGUGUCCCCGGCCUCGGAGCAACAUUGCGGUAUCUACGGGGUAGAGAUAUCACGUUGGCAAACAACCCGGCUGCUUCCAAAGAGAACGAACGCGACGUCGAGCUGAACUACCUGGUCCAGUCCGGCACAUUUAAAGGGCUGAAUGUUCGCCUUCGCCAGGCCACGUAUAACAACGACUUCUCCCGUGAUUUCACCGAAACCCGGUUCUACCUCGAUUACCCUCUGAAACUCUGG